GCCGCGGCUGCCUCUCUAGCGUCGUUGCAGCCAGAAGCAGGGAAGAGCUCCGGAUCUGCACGGGAGGGAGCGGGCGCGAGUGGGGGGCCGUUCGGGCUGCCCUUUUCCCCCAGGGUGCCCCUGCAAGGAAGAGCGCCGCAGGCUCUCCUCCCCGCGCCUGCCUGCCUUCCCUCCCCCUGCAGAGAUUUUUCUUUUUAAAUUUGCCAUGCCCAAGGAUCUAGCAGGAACCACCGCCAGCAACAACAGCGGCGGCGGCGGCGGCGGCAGGAGGAACUUUGCAGGCAGGAACCUAAUGGCUGCGAAGGGGGAGAUCUGAGUUCAAAGUCUCUGCCCAGCCUGCCCGGGGAGAAGGCUGCGAGCGAGGGAACCCGGGGAACGCCCGGCCACCAUGCGCCCAGGGGCUCGGCACUGAUGCCCGCGUCCCUGCCCCCGGCGGGAGGAUCGCCAGCUUCUCCUUCCCCUGGGGCACCGCCAGCCCAGCGGGCGUGACGAGCCACCACAAGCGGCGGCAGCAGCAGCAGCCUCGGGGAACUCCCCUCGCGGGGCUCGAACUUCCCGUGACCCGGGACUCCCGGCCGGCGGAUCCCACCCCGGGCCGAUUUCAUUUUCCUCGACAUCAUCUCGUGUUUCGGAAGUGCGGGCGAGCCGGCGCCUCUUCUGGUUGGAAAAGAAACUGGGGCCAAGAUCAUGGCGGGGAAAGGGGCCGCCGUCAACACCGGGGUCUUGUUAGUCACGGCCAACGUGGGAUCCUUGUUCGAUGAUCCAGAAAAUUUGCAGAAGAAUUGGCUUCGGGAAUUUUAUCAGGUUGUACAUACACACAAGCCGCAGUUCAUGGCACUACACUGUCAAGAGUUUGGUGGAAAAAACUACGAAGCAUCCAUGUCUCAUGUGGACAAGUUUGUGAAAGAAUUGCUGUCGAGUGAUGCAAUGAAAGAAUACAACAGAGCCCGGGUUUAUCUGGAUGAAAACUACAAGUCGCAGGAACAUUUCACGGCACUGGGAAGCUUUUACUUUCUCCAUGAAUCCUUGAAAAACAUUCACCAGUUCGACUUUAAAGCUAAGAAGUACAAAAAAGUAACGGGAAAAGAAAUCUACUCAGACACAUUAGAAAGUACACCUAUGCUGGAAAAAGAAAAGUUUCCACAGGAUUAUUUCCCUGAGUGUAAAUGGUCCAGAAAAGGCUUUAUACGAACAAGAUGGUGUAUUGCUGAUUGUGCCUUUGACUUGGUAAACAUUCAUCUUUUCCAUGAUGCUUCCAAUUUAGUUGCUUGGGAAACAAGCCCGUCGGUUUACUCAGGAAUAAGGCAUAAGGCCCUUGGUUAUGUACUUGACAGAAUUAUAGAUCAGCGGUUUGAAAGAGUUUCAUAUUUUGUCUUUGGAGAUUUCAACUUUCGACUGGAUGCAAAGUCAGUGGUAGAGACACUUUGUGCGAAGGCUACCAUGCAGACUGUCCGGGCUGCCGAUACUAAUGAAGUAGUCAAGCUAAUAUUCCGUGAAUCUGAUAAUGACCGAAAGGUCAUGUUACAGUUAGAAAAGAAGCUCUUUGACUAUUUUAAUCAAGACGUUUUUAGAGAUAACAAUGGCACUGCGCUCUUGGAAUUUGACAAAGAGCUGUCAGUCUUUAAAGACAAAUUAUAUGAACUGGACAUUUCAUUUCCACCCAGCUAUCCGUAUAGUGAAGAUUGUAGCCAGGGAAUGCAGUACAUGAACACUAGAUGUCCAGCUUGGUGUGACAGGAUCUUGAUGUCACAUUCUGCCAAAGAGCUGAUUCUAAAGUCAGAAAACGAGGAGAAGCAAGUGGUGUAUGACCAUAUUGGACCAAACAUCUGCAUGGGGGACCACAAGCCCGUGUUCCUGUCCUUUCGAAUAGCCACAGGGGCAGGUAAACCUAUUGCCAAUGUGCACAAGUGUUGUGUCGUGCAGUGAUGUGGUGGGAAAAGAUGCCUCCGAAACGAGAAGAUCUUUCGGGAAAGCUCUUUGUAGCCAGGAGGAAGAGGAAGAGAAGGAAGGCCUCGGAGGCCCACCCUGUCGCCCCGUCGAAGCAUCGCUCCUUGUGUCGUUUUCAUUAGAAGUGUCAUUACCGUUUUCAUGCUGUUGAUCGUACACUAGCAAAGGCGGCCUCUGGACUGUGCAGUCCUGGGAAAAGGAAACAAGAAACGCCAGAACUCUCAUACCUCACCGUCUUGUCUAUGCCUGUGGCAUCAAAUGUGGGAUUUUAUUUUUAUAUGGAGAUGCACAUUCUAUGCCCCCAAUUCCAGUUGCCAAAAAGGAAGGGAAAAAAUAUCCUCUAUUAGCCACGAUAUUCUGUGUUUUAGAUUUCACUGUGCUGGGGUUUUUUGUGUGUUUUUCGGUUUGUUUUUAAAGUUUGUCAAUGUGAAAUUAUAUAUAAUGUCGAAUGACAAUUUUCAUCGCCCUUUUCUGGCUCAGGGCCAGGUUGGGAUUUUGUACAUUGCCUUGUAUAGACAGUCCUGGUGUAUUGUUACUUGUUAACCAAGAUUUACGAUUCCUGUGAUUGGAGUAAGGGUGGGAAAGGGGGGGUGGGGGUUAGGUUUAGAGGGAUGAAGAAUUUUAUUUUUUGUCAUUUUUAUAGACUUUUCGUUUUUCUCAUGUUAUUGCCUAUACUGCCAUGUUCCAUGGGUUUGUUUGUUUUUUGAAUCACACACAGCAUCGGAUGCUUUCUAUACAUACGUGUAUAUAUUUAUAUAUUUCUAUGUGAGUGUGUAUAGACGAUAUAUAUAUACACAGAUAUAGAUAUAAUUUAUAAUUAUAAACGGUUUCCCCCUUCCUGCUUAUGAGAAAUAGCCUUUUCCAGAAUACCCAGAAUGUAUGUAAACUUUGGAUGCCAGGAUCUGCGGUGGACUUCAAUGGGGUUAAAUUUCCGGAGUCAGCGGGUUAGGAUCUCCGUGUAGAAACACUGUGGUUAGUCGUCCCCGCGAUCCUGAAACACGUUUACUCCUCGUUGAAAAGCCAUCGCAGCCAGAUCCUCACCACGUUUAGCCGGGGAGAAUAAAAUUCCCACGGAAAGCCGUCGGACCCAGCAGAGUGAUGAUUCGUGCGUGUUUACUCGGAAGUAAACGAUCCUAAGCUGGAUGGGGCUGUUUGCUGUAACCAGUCAACCCUCGUUGACGCCCGUGGACUUUACUACCGAGUGACCCUGCGGACGAUCAGGCUAGGCGCGGGUUUAAGAUGCUAGUCUUUUAGGGCAGGGGUCUAAAUCGAGUGAGAUGCGAAUGGGCGCUUACGGGGCUGGCUUCCCCUGUGGGAUCCCAGCCCCCCCGAGUGCCAGACCAGCCAAAGGGUUUCCCACCCCUCCCAAUGUAUAUAUCUCGAUCCAGGAGCCUUCUUCAUCCGCCUGCUAUAGUCACGUAUUUAAGCAGCAAAUUCUGGUGCCAAGUAUUCGCUACACACAGUAAGGAGUGGGACGGAAGCGGACCAGCCCGACGUGGAGGUAGCAGCUUUGGAGUGGGUUUGCAGAGGAAGGAAGCCAGCGAUUGGGAGCUCGUCUUCCCUUUUUUUAAAAACAAAUCUCUCUGGCCUGACGGUCCCCCUCCGCUCCCCUCCCCCUUGCAGCUCUAAGUGCAGCAUUAAAAGGCGAUUAGGGAGCCCGCAGAUGAAACACACCCGAAUGGCUGGCAAUUAAAACACUACCGAGUUCAGGGACUGGCGAGAGGGGGGGUGGGGAGGGGAGACCGGGCAGCCCUGGGGGAUAUACAUCACUCCCCGGCUUGGGGGGCGAGGGAGGGAGGGUGUCUCCGGGGUUACCCCGCAGACGCCCCCCCCCCCUUUUUCAGGCCGGAGGAUGGAGCCAGGUGGGGCGUUCCGCGUUUGGGAGAGUUGGCAUUUUUGUGUGCGCCACGUGGAAAAGGAGCGCUCUGGUUCUCAAGCAAUAAAAACUGAUGGUGGUGAAAA